UGACAACCACCCGUCUAGGAAUUAGCCUGCUUUCACGCCUCGAAUUUAUUGCACCCGUAUUUUAGACUCGUAUGCUGUAAGAAAAUGUAAGUCUGUUUGCGCCAGACGCAAUGAUAAUGCCAUGGAAAUUUUUUCUUCGACUGCGGGUUCUUUAGUGGAGAGUGGAGAACGGAAAACGGACCGGCAGCGUAGCCUCUCUCCUCAGUGAUGUUACAGUGUGAUUUAUUUGUUGGUUGUUUGUAACGUUUCGCAAGAGUGACUGGGAGUCCGAUGAGUACCUGAACCUCCUCCAGAUGUCUUCUCUCCUCUGGUCAGGUGCGCGUUUGAGGGACGCACCAUAAUUUUGCUAUUUUGGCUGUUUUGCGCUGGCUCCAGCGCUUUGGGCACGUUUUGGACUAUCAGAGACAUGGGCGCGGGGGGUCCUACCCUUAACCUGCGGAACUUGGCGGGACUUCUUUUUCUUCUGCAGCUGGUGAGCGCGCUGGACGUCCGAGAGCUUCGUCCACCAGAGUCUACGCCAGGACAGAGCCCUGAGGACGGACAGUCUCUGCUGGAGUCCUUAGCGCUACCUCCUAACACAGAGUAUGAGCUGGUGGCUCCGUUUGAAGUGGACCACGAGGGGCGGUACAUCUCGCAUGCCGUGGCGCAUCAUCAACGGCACCGGCGCUCUCUGGACCUUGGCAAGACAGCCGGUACCCCUGACCUGGUCCACUUCAGGCUCAGCGGGCUGGGCCAGAACUUCCAUUUGGAGCUGAGGUGGUCCAACGGGCUCAUUGCCCCUGGAUUCAAGGUCCAGCGACUGAACCACAAUGCAACGGUCAGCCUGCAUGAGUACAGCCCACAAGACCUCUGCUUUUAUCAAGGCACACUCAGGUCAGAGGUCAACUCCUCAGUGGCUCUGUCGACAUGUGGGGGAAUGUCAGGCCUCAUUCGCACUCAGGAGGCCGACUACCUGCUCAGGCCAGUGCCUCCUCACCUGGCGGCAAGAGCCAACUACAGUGGCCCGCCAGACCACCAGCCCCACGUCCUCUACAAACGCUCCGUCGACCGCCCGCACAGGAACCGCCGUCACCAAGACCACAGGCUCCACCCAGAUCACCCUGACGACACACGUGGUCAGGGCCAGAAGCAGCACUUCUGUGGGAGGCGGAAGAAAUAUAUGCCCAAGCCCCCACCGGAUGACAUCCGCAUCCUUCCUGAUGAGUACCCACUCUUGCCCAGGAGCAAGCGGGCUGCGCCGCUCCAUGGCACCCCUAGUGGCCAGAAGCUGAAUGUCGAGACCCUGGUGGUGGUGGAUAGAAAAAUGAUGGAGAAUCAUGGCCAUGAGAAUGUCACCACCUACGUUUUGACCGUGCUCAACAUGGUGUCCACUCUGUUCAAGGAUGGUACCAUUGGUGGCGACAUCAACAUUGUCAUUGUGGGACUCAUUCUACUGGAAGAGGACCAGGAUGGUCUGUCUAUCAGUCACCAUGCUGACCACACGCUGAAUAGUUUCUGCCAGUGGCAGGCUGGCCUGUCCGGGCCAGAUGGGCAACGCCAUGACCACGCCAUCCUGCUCACCGGGCUGGACAUCUGUUCCUGGAAGAACGAGCCCUGCGACACUUUGGGUUUUGCCCCUAUCAGUGGCAUGUGCAGUAAGUACCGCAGCUGCACCAUCAAUGAGGACACAGGGCUGGGCCUUGCUUUCACCAUUGCUCAUGAGUCUGGACACAACUUUGGCAUGGUGCAUGAUGGAGAGGGCAAUGUGUGUAAGAAGUCUGUGGGCAACAUCAUGUCUCCCACACUGGCUGGCCACAACGGUGUGUUCUCCUGGUCCGCCUGCAGCCGCCAGUAUCUCAGCCGUUUCCUCAGCACCACCCAGGCCACAUGUCUGUCAGACGAGCCGCAGUCUGUGGGGGAGUACGAAUACCCUCGCCAGCUUCCAGGAGAGCUCUACGACACCGACACCCAGUGCAAGUGGCAGUUUGGGGAGAAGGCCAAACUCUGCACCUUGAACUUUAAGAAGGACAUCUGUAAGGCCCUGUGGUGUCACCGUGUGGGGAGGAAGUGUGAGACCAAGUUCUUACCUGCCGCCGAGGGCUCUGUCUGUGGUCCUGACAUGUGGUGCCGGCGGGGGCAGUGUGUGAAGCAGGGCGACUCGGGUCCGGUUCCGGUCCACGGUGAAUGGUCAGCCUGGUCUGGGUGGUCCAGCUGCUCCCGGACCUGUGAGAGUGGAGUGACCUACAGAGAGAGACACUGCAACAGCCCCAAACCCAUGUAUGGGGGCCAGUUUUGUGAAGGCCUGUCCCGCUCCUACAAGCUGUGCAACACUAAAGACUGUCCCCCCGGAAACACGGACUUCAGAGCUGUGCAGUGUGCAGAGUUCAACAGUAAGCCCUUCAGAGGGUGGUACUACAAAUGGAGCCCCUAUACACAUGUGGAUGAUCGGGAUGCAUGUAAGCUGCACUGUCUGGCUGAAGGCUACGACUUCUUCUUCGCCCUGUCCAGCAAAGUGAAGGACGGGACGCCCUGUGCACCCGGCAGUCCCAAUGUCUGCAUCGACGGAGUGUGUGAGAGGGUCGGGUGUGACCGGGUCCUUGGGUCCCGGGCCAGGCCUGAUGUGUGUGGUGUGUGUCAGGGAAACAAUUCCACCUGCAAGGUCUACAGGGGCCAGUACAGCAAACAGCACCGGACUAACCAGUAUUACACAGUGGUGAGCAUCCCUGCUGGAGCUCGCAGCAUCCGUCUGCUGGAGCUCAACGCCUCCAGCUCCUACCUGGCCAUCAGGAACAUCCAGAAGAAAUACUACUUGAAUGGACGCUGGACCAUCGAUUGGCCAGGCAGACACAGCAUUGCCGGCACCGUGUUUGACUACCGCAGACCCUACAACCGCCCAGAGAGCCUGACCGCUAGCGGGCCGACCAAUGAGACACUUCUCGUGGAGAUUCUGCUCCAGGGUCAUAACCCAGGGAUUCAGUGGGAGUACAGCCUGAACCAGAGCCAUGUGGAUCAACGCACUCCACCCAAACACAACUACACCUGGGCCAUCGUCCGCUCCACCUGCUCCGCUACCUGCGCUGGAGGCACCAUGACCACUAAGAUAGCCUGUUAUAGGGACCUGCGUGUCCAGGUGAACACGUCGUUCUGCAACCCUCGCUCACGCCCCUCCUCUGGAACUGUGCCAUGCAACACUCAGCCCUGCCCCCCCAGCUGGUCUGUGGGGUCAUGGGGGGCGUGCAGCCGUACCUGUGGGGAGGCGGAGCAGAGCCGAGAGGUGGAGUGUGUGCAGAGGAGCGCCCCCGGACAGGUGGAGAAGAUACCGGACCUCAGCUGCCCUCAGCCGACCCCCCCGCGCAUCCAGAGCUGCCACAACCCCAGCUGCCCCCCACAGUGGAGCACUGGACCCUGGUCUCAGUGCUCCAGUGUGCGGCGCUGUGGUAAGGGACUGCGUCGGCGUCUGGUGGAGUGCCUUAGCAGUGUUGGCACAGGGACACGGGCACUGCCUGACCGCUCGUGUGAUGCCCACCUCAAACCUAGCAGUCAGGAGUCUUGCCAGCUGAGGCGAUGCCCACGACCGGCCAAGGGGCAGUGGGUCCUGUCCACUUGGCAACAGUGUUCGGUGACGUGUGGCGUAGGCGUGCAGAAACGACAGCUGAAGUGUGCGGAGAAGGACGCGGUGGGGAAGUACCAGGAGCUGGUGGCCAAGCGGUGCCAACACGCCUCCCAACCCUCGCUGGAGCUGCAGCGGGCAUGCGUCCAGCCUGAGUGCCCACGCCCAGUGGAGGCCAGCCCCAGCUGGUACACCGGCCCCUGGUCACAGUGCACCGUGUCCUGUGGUGGAGGGGUGCAGUCUCGGUCAGUGCAGUGUCUCCUAAGUGGCCGGCUUGUGUCAGGAUGCCCUGCUCACCUGAAACCCCCCAUGGCCCAAGCCUGUAAUGCCCAUUACUGUCCCCGGCCAGAGAAAAAAGAGAUGGUGUGCAAGGACUAUUUCAACUGGUGCUACCUGGUGCCCCAGCACGGUGUGUGCCACCACAAGUUCUACGGGCAUCAAUGCUGCCAGUCCUGCUCUCACCCCAACCUGUGAUGGGCAGGACGCAGGACACAGGAGAAAACAGGAAGCAGAUCUCCCCACCGCAAGAGAGCAGAGACUACAGAUGUGCGUGUUUACAGUGGAGAGAGUUGGGGGAUGGAGCACUAGCCUGGAGGACUACCAGAGGCUGAGUGCUACUAAACGCUCUGAUGUUAACCCUGCACUGAAAUUAGACGAUCGAUAAGAUGGGGACAUAGACUUCAGGUGUCUUUAGAAGGUAGCCUGACUUUAGAGAGACUUGAAGGAACUGAGUGGUCAAAACACUUCUGGACUGAACCCUCCACGUCCAGACAGAGACUGCAGGAGCUGGCGUGAAAAGGACUUGAAAGGAGAAAGUUAUAUGGCAAGCUCUCCUUUCCAGUGUUAAUCUCUAUGGUGCUUUAUAUGGCAAGCUCUCUGGUCCAGUUUUAAUCUCUAUGGUGCUUUACAGGAUCAGUGUUGUUACAAAGACACUUUACAGACCCCCAAGCCUAAGGCCCCCGAGACUAAGGCCCUCACACAGAGUCCAAAGGGUUCUGACCUACAACUGUUAUAUAUGAAAGUUGACCACACUCACACUUGAUUUGCAUUUUUCGUGUGUGUUUACCUCAAAAUAAAGAAAAAUACAUUUGUGUACAAGCAGGGGUGUAGUGGGCGUUGGGCGCGGGGGAGCGCCGUCCCCCCACUUCUGGGAGCAUUGCUUUGAGCAUUUUAAUAAGCAUUUAGUAAUAUAACAAGUUGUUACCAGUGGUAACUACACAUCACGCAAACGUCUCCAAUUAGGCCUCUUUGUCCUAAAAUUCGUUACAAGAAUGACUGUCAUGCUGUAGUACUCCACCAUGCGUAAAGACAUUAAAAAACUACACAGCUCUUUGUUCCACGUUACCCGAAAGUAGCUAGAAAGUGGCUAUAAAACCAUAGAUUAUGCAACUGCCUGUAUCUAGCAAUCUAGCAAGCAUCUUCAUGGCCCUUCGGUUGUGUUUUGCAGAAAGCAGGCAGGCUAAUCCAGUGAUCAAAAUGACACGAUAAGCAUGUGUGAGUAAUACGAGGGAUUUUUAUCGAGGGAGCACCAAUAUAAGUGAUAAGACUAUUUAACCAUAAUGACCCAACUUGGGUGAACCUGAACAACUUUAGGAAAAACUUACGAUUGGUGCAGCUACUUUCAUCCAAACAAAAACUUUUCAAAUGACUGGCACUUGCCUACCCAGUGUUCUUUCUGUUAUUUUUUGUUUUGUUUUAUUGACUGUGCACCUCUGCAUUUUAAUCAUUCGCAAUGACAUUCAUAUGACGCCCCAUCAAACUACAGUUCCCACACAACGUGUUGAAUAUGCGUGUCAAACAGUGAAUCAUGCUUGUGCUAUUGUUAUUGCCAUCGUUAACGUGUGGCAAUGAAUGAAGCCAUGCCGCGGCAUGUUAUGCGUCAAGGAGAUUAGACUACGCUAGAUUACAUAGGCUACUCUAUAUUAUAGUUUGUCUGUUCAUUGUAUGAUACAACAAAAUUAAAACUACAGACCAUAUUCAUAGACUUUGGUGGAAAAGUGUAGUUUGGGUGCAGACAUUAGGGUACAUUUUGAAGCUAAUCCAUUUAAUUAAUUUAUUUUUUUUAUUCGGUUUCAUGUUCACGAAAGCUGGUAACAAUUUGGCCUUGGCCUUAGGCUACGCACCGAUGUAUGUGGAGAUGCGAAUGUGACAGUUUUUGCAAUGACGUCAUUAAAAUAGCGUCCCCCCACUUUAAAAAUCCCCACUACACCACUGUGUACAAGUGGUCAACCAAGACAUCAAAUACAGUAUCAAAUCCAACACACCAACCUGCACAAACCACCUAUGAAUAGAUGAAUAGGAUGUCUUGAUUGGUCCUCUAGAUUGCGGUAAACUCUGGUCAGGAAAUUUGCUGUGUGAUGGCCAAGUGGAGGCCUGACCUGAGCCAGAGUCAAUAUCUCUCAGUCUUACUCCCCCUGGUGAUUUAUUGUUAUCUCACUAAGUUUCUAUGGUGCUAUUACUUCCCCAUACAACAACAAUCAAGGGGCAGUUUGAAUCUAUGGUGCCUUUGUUAUGAUGUUUUGAUGUCGAACUGAACCUGUAUGAUCCCGUAUCCGUUUCUUAUUUAUUCGCAGUGCUACUGUGCUGGGCACUGAUGAGAUGUCUGUGUGAUGCCUGUAUGAAUCUGUGUGAUGCCUUUAUGAAAUUACCAGUUUUGUAUUUUAGUUUUUGCCAUUUUUUUUGCUAUUUGUCAAUUCAGAUUUACUGUAAGUCAUCGUUGGUUUAUCUGUUGCAUAUUUUGGAGGUUUGUUUUGUUUUGUUUUUGUAAUAUAAGGUGUUUGUGUUUGUCUCCGGCAGGUUAGAAAUAACAAUUUGUCAGAACUUCCUGAAUAUCAGGCAAACACAUUGAGAGUCUGCCGUGUGGGUCUGUUGCCAUUGCUACUGCGUGGAGAAAUUCUUCUCAUGCCUGAGCAUCUCAUAUGUCUGUGUUGUAAAGUGAGACUGUCAUUUGGGCCUGAAUUCUCAAUUUCUCUGUUGGUUUGGGUGAGCCGCCAAGGCCUGAAUUGAGAUGGUAUGCAGUAAGACCCUAAUUAUCACGAACAGCAAAUAAAUGACAUGAAACGAAUGUCACUUCCCUAA